UGCAUGUGACUUGUAUGAUUUUGAUUUGUUUUUAUUUAUCUUCGCUAGUCCUAAAAAGCGGCAGAAAACGUGUUGUAACAUUUUUUAUAGCUUUCUAUUGUAAAUUCAACGUAAUAAUCACAAAUAUAGUCGAAGUGCUACACGGUUUUGUUAUGGAAUAAUUCUUCAACGUGAUUUGCAUGUUUGUUAUUAUGACUGAUGAAUCGAAUUCCGCAAAAGCAUCUGCUGAGGUUGACAUAAACGAAGUGUUUGAUAAUCUCCUGCUAAGCGAGGAACGUUUGGCGGAAGAAAGCUUUAAACAGGGAGUGGAAGUUGGCACGGCAGAAGGAAACGUUGAUGCUUAUCAUUUUGGAUACCAUCGAGGAGCGGAAAUCGGUUCAGAGCUGGGAUUCUACUACGGUGUUAUUGGUGCCCAGGAGAAUGAUCCUUGCGAGGUGAGUCCGAAAGCGAAGGCCCUCCUCAAAGAGCUCAUAAGCGAGAUUGAAGAAUUUCCGAAGUUCAAUGAUUUGGAGGUUGAUUUUUUGGCGCGACUGUUACUAAUCAGGAAUAAAUACAAAAAGCUUUGUGCUUUGUUGAAAAUAUCAGCGAAAUAUCAACAGUCAGCGAAUGAACUUUCGUUUUAAGCCUGUCGC